AUGUUUAAACGCGUUGAAGAUAUCAUUAAAACAUCGUUUUUACGACAGUUUAUCGUUAUAAUUGCGUUACAACCAACUGUUUCUGUUCAUCCACCUUCACCUUCAAUUCGAAGUAAAAAUAAAGAAGAAGAUAAACGUUUAGAUAAAGAAUGUAUUCGAUUUGAAUCAGAUUUAAAACGUAUUUAUAUUUAUGCAACACGUUCAAUACAAACACAAGAUCAAACAAAUUCAAAUCGAUAUGCAUUAGUUAAAGAUAUAAAUAAAAUUUUUUAUUAA